AUGUUGGCCGUGCAGAGGACGCGAUGUCGGCGCGACCUGUCGUCGAGUGAAGGUGUCGUCGACAUCAAGUGUGUCUCAUCAUCUACACGUGCGAAAAAGAUCCUCUACGCCGGUCCCGCACGACGACCAAGGACACGCAAUAAACAGAAGAGCUGCAGCCUUGUUCCGAUGUUUCCCCAGCAGAUCUUCUGCUUCGCAAGUCCCACGUCUUCUAGUCGUGGUGGACGAGGACAUAUUUCUUUCAGAUGGGCACCUCCGACAAGGAUUGUUUCUUCACAACCUGAUGAAAAUAAAUCCUGUGCUCGGGAGGUGUACCACAAAUAUCAAUUUUUCAUCGCAGAAGCGUUUUUUCUCGAAGAAAAACCGGAAAGAGGACAAGCGAUGGCUUUCUCGGGUGGACAACCCGGUGAAGUAUGCCGAGGAGCAUAUCAAAUGCAAAAAUGUCUGGAUCUGGAAGGAUGCAACUUGUGAUGCUGAAUUUGAAUUCGACAAAAAUCUGUAUUGCGAGGACAGCAAAAGAGGUCCAGUUUUUGCCACGGCAAGAGGGCAUUUCUCAUGCGGUAUAGGCAUCAGGAAGAGGAAGCCCUCACAAAAUCUGUGAUGCUAGAGCCUGCGUCACAGACUUCAGGAGUAAUGCAAAGUGUGCAUGACAGACCUUGCAUCCGUCCAGACCCAGACAGUUUUGCAUUUGAUAGAGCAGUACGGCGAGCAAAGCCGCUUACAAGACAAG